AUGCCCGACCCAUUCGGAAGCUUUGGCUGGAUUUGCCAACACACUGCGCUCCCGCAGUGCAACCUUCUGUUCAACCAGAUCUGGCAGAAUGCGACUGACCUGGAGGUCCUCUUCCCGGCUAACUCGACGUUCUACCACAACUACACCAUCACCCCGAGCACUUCGCCCGAUGAGCCCAAAGCCGCCGCUGCCCGACGAGACGCCGGCUCGGGCCUCGGCAAUGACUGUGUUAUUCCGCGGGUAACGACCCAGAACAGCCUGGGUGACAUCGGUAAGCUGCAUCUAUGGCUGUGUCAGCUAAUGGCAGCCACUGUCGUUGUGUCGUUCGUGUCUCUGCUGAUGGUGUUCGCGCUGCUGUUCCUGUCGAAGCGCCGACGAGCCGCCGUUGGCCGCUCGGAGCUUCAGAUUUUCUUGAUUGUCAGUUCUAAACGUCGCCUGAGAACUGACAAGCAGGGUUUCGGAUUCAUGUCAGCCCUGCAGGCGGUGACUAUGUCGUCUAUGCUCGAGCAGGCGAGUCAGCCGCUCGUCAUUCUGUCCGCGAUCCACUGUGCGGCCAUCGCGGCCGUCGCCUGGAUGCUCGUGUACAACGGUAUCAUCGCUACUCAGGUUCUGGAUAUGGGUCUCAUCUCGGCCGCCUUCUUCGGUGGAACGUGCUACGUCGCCCUCGCUGUUGGGUUUAACUACAACGACGCCUUCUUCGUCGGUGCCGAGCACCCCGAGCAGCUUAAGAGUAUCGCCCUCUUUGUCUUAACAAUGAUUUGGCCCGCAGCGGCCGUUGUAAUCUACCUCCUCAUCAUGAUCUACGUCACCUUCCUCAAGCUGAAAGAGGCGAAGCCUGCCAUCAUCCUGAUCGCAGGAUUCGUGCUCUUUGCUGGUGGACAGGUGGUGCAGUUCCUCGCUUCGCAGCCGCUCUGCCGGGCAUCGCACAGCAAGGUGAACGGCUCGUUCCUCAUGUCGUUUGCGAUGGACCUCGCCGUUGGUCUCGUCUUUUUCGCGUGGCUCACGAUCACGGAGGAGGACUGGGACGACCACAUGUGGUACGCCUAA